ACAGCCACAGUGUGUGAUUUAGUUUCGUUUCCCACAAAGAAGCCACGCCUUUACAGAUGCAUAAAUACUGGAAACAGAAAGUAAACAGUACAACUGUUGAACUUCAUCUUGAAACACAUCAAGAUGGAUGCAAUAUUGAACUUACUGACGCAGCACAGACUGGAAUCUUUCUACAUGAAAUUCCAAGAGAUGGGUGUGAAAGAUGAGAGAGAUUUCAUUGAUGGUGUAACAGAAGAAGACUUGAAAAAAAUCGGAUUAAGUCAAGUGGAAAGGAACCGUUUUUCUACGCUGAAAAAAACCAUUGGCAGACUCAGAGCUCCGGCAGCUGCAACGUCUGUGAAGAAGUCAUUGGAGUCAUUCUGUCUGCAGUACACAUACCCCAAAUGCCCUGAACCAAAAUGCAUCAAAGAUAUGGAUCCUGCACAAAACACAGUUGAAGAUCUGAUGUUGAGGAUUUGUCACCUUGAAAGUGUUAAUCCAUCCAAAGGGGUCUGUCUCUACACAGUGGAUGGAAUGCCUUUGACGGAUGAUCCCUUCUUCAACACAUGGUCUUUAAAAGAUAGACACAUUGAAAAUGGAGAUGUAAUCUACGCCAUAUUCACACCAAAAAAGAACCUGAGAGCAGCUCCUCAAAUGUCCACGCGACGUGUUACUGAAAGUAACGGAACUGAUACAGUUCGAUGCCACGUCAUGCUGAAGGGGGACUUUGAGGUGACGGUGGAUUUGGAAAGUGACACGAUAGCUAAUUUGAAGAGAAAGCUUGCCAAUGAAAGUGGAAUCCCAGGAAAUGUUCUUCAUUACAAGCCUAAUCUGUCCAGAGAUGAACACGGCAGUGCCAACACAUUGGAAAAUUGUGGAAUCUCAGAGGGGUCAACAGUGUACUUCUCACUGUCCACGUUUCCUGAGGAUGUUCUAAACCACAGAGAGUUCUUCAUAGACGAUGUUGAGCCCUCAGUACAACAAACCCCGAAAGGGUUAAGUGUCUUCUUGUCUUCCCUUUAUAUCAUGAAAUACAAGAGUCAUGGAGUUCGAUUCAAGGAUUUGAUUGGAUACAUACGAAAACUGACUGGAUGCCACCCACUGGCCCAAAGUUUGCACCAGCUAUUCUGUAGGAAUGAGAUCAUAUCCAGGAAUCAGAGGAUCGCAGUGGUUGAAGGCUUGUACGUGCUCUUUAGAGAACUUUUACCACAGCUUGAAACAAAACAUGGAGACAAGAUCAUUGAGGACCUUGAUGUCUUUGAGUACUCAACAUACUGCUGGGCAUAUCUCCUGUCAGAAGCAACGAAAGAGACAUCAGAACAUGAGAACUACGCACCUUUUUCUCUGACGUCCGAAGAAGGCAGCCGUUUCUGUGAUCCAGUCACUGUAACUGGAAUACCAGGUGUCUUUGAAAGAGCAGUUGUACGUCAGAAAAUCAAAGAUGGCGAGAAGAUUCCAAACUGCCCUGAAGAGGUUUUGAGAGAAACAUCACUAAACAGAGCCACUGACAUUGAGAAGAUUUUGCUCAGCGUUCAUCCAUCAAUGAAAACAUAUGAUCUCUGGAUUUCUCAUGACAGUGUGACUGGGCAGAACUUUCACGUCAAUACUCAGAAGAGUUUUGGAGACAUGGCAGAAGAACUGAAAGCUUUCCCUCAACUCAGUGUGUCUCCACCGCUGCGUUUGAAGGACCUCGGUAUUGAUGACCUACAACUAGUUUUCCUGAGUGAAGACAACCUUGGUGUCUAUUUGGGUAAAGAUAAGGCAGCUCCUGCAAAGAUCCAGGUUUAUGAUUGUCUGGCUGGCAAAACCCAAAAUGUGGAUGUGGAUGUGUUGGCAGCUAGAACUGGUGACCAUAGGGAGGACUAUUCAUUCGUCACAACCAGGACUCCAAAAGAGGCUAUACUGGUGCUGAUCGAUACAAGCUCAUCCAUGGUGGAGAAGUGCUAUGGAGGUGUGGAAAUACAGAAGAUCCAUGCUGUUAAAGAGCUUUUUGACAACUUUGCAACACGGACCAUGGCUUAUGAUUUUCAUCAUGUAAUUGGCCUUGUGAAGUUUCACUCUACAGUGGAAACUCUCCACACAUUUACGGAAACACUCGAAAAGUUCAAGGAACACGUGCAUGCCCUUCGGGCCAAUGGACAAACUAAACUUUAUGAUGCCCUACAACAUGGAAUGCUUGAGUUGGAAAAAGUCAAGAAGUUUCCAGACUGCAAACUUCGCAUUCUCUGUCUCACAGAUGGAAACGACGUUGGAUCCUCAAACAAGCCAGAUGUUGUUGCUGCCAACCUGAUCAAAUCAAACAUCAUCGUGGAUUCAAUUCUUCUCGGAAAAGUGGAGAACAAUAUUCUGCGCGGAAUCAGCAAUGCAACAGGGGGUUGCUGUUUCAAACCGGAGACGAGCAAAGACGGUCUGAAGCUCUUUGAGAUCGAGACCGUUCUCUCUUUGGAGAUGAGGAAACCCAAGAAAAAGGCUAACCCGUCUUCCAUCUCUACAACUUUCUUAACCUUGACCGCUGCUCUUCAUGGGUAUGAUGAGUUUCCAGAGACUGUCUUGCCAAGCCAGCUGAACAGCAAAGUGAUAGUGACAGAGAGUGCUCUGAAAAAUAAGAUGCGGGACGCCAAAGUUGGUCAGUUGAUGGAAAAGGACAAACGCAUCCUGGAGGAGUUGAGGAGCCUGCAUUGUGACCCACAUCCAUACUUCAGUAUCUUCCCAUCAGAAUCUGACUUCACAUUCUGGAAGAUUCUCAUGGAAGGACCUCCUGACACAGCUUAUGAGAAAGGAACCUUUGAGUUGUUCUGCCAGUUUGGUUCCGACUACCCAGUGAAGCCUCCACUUGUUCGCUUCGUCACACGAGUGUACCACUGUAAUAUCAACAGUGUGGGGCGCAUCUGCCACAACAUAUUUGACCGGAACUACAAUGCCCAAAUCACGAUGAGAGACAUCCUCAAUGCUGUUUAUGGAUUGCUCAUCAUCCCAGAGCCUGAAGAUCCACUGGACAGCAUUCUGGCUGAGGAAUUCAUGACCAGCCGUGAGACGUACGAACAGGAGGCCAAAAAAUAUACGGAGGAAACCGCCGCGCAAUCACGGGAUGAUAUGGAGAAGAAAUUGGUGAAUCCUGAGAAACAGCUUGUGCCCCAACAUCUAAUCUGUCCACUCACCAACAAGAUGUUUGUUGAUCCAGUGAGAACAAAAUACGGAACGGUGUACGAGCGAAAGGCCAUUGAAAAACACCUCAAAACAAACAAAAAUGAUCCAAAGGGUGACCCCGCAGGAUUGCUCACUGAAGCGGAUCUUAAAUCAGCCAAAGAAAUGAAGAAAAUGGUGAUGGAGCACCGUUCCAGACAAAUUCAGGAAAAGUUGUAGAAAAUAGUUGGAUGAAGUAAAUCCAGUGUCUCCUGGAAAAUACGGAAAGUUCAUGUUCAUCACAUCGUAUGACCUCAUGUCUGUAUUAAGAAAUGUACAUGCAAUCUUUUAAAGUACUUUACUAUUAUUACUACAUACCGUGAGUUUCAAACAAGAAUGGGAUAGUUAUGGAAAAUAUUCUACGAACUUGAACUUUGAAUGCCUGAAGUAGAACGUAAUUUGGACAAUUGCACUAAAUAUGAAUGGACUGCAAGACAGUGUACUUCCCCCAAAUAAGCUGCACAACGUCCGAUCAAAUGAACUAUUUGUAUUCUUAAAGUACAAUCCAUCCUAAAAUAGCAUUUAAUGUACAUUUAAUAUUGUAUACCUUAUUCCUAAUUACUAUACGUUCAAGUUCAGAAAAGAGAUGCUGUAAUAUGCUUUCACUGUCAAAUUCAAUAACACAAUGCCAUAAUUUAAAUAUAAUGUGCCCAUCAUUUAAGAAAACCAUAAGCGCAUAAUGUAAUGAGCUUUGCACUGAAUGUAGUUAUUACACCAUGAGAGAAAAAUUACAUUAUAAUCUAACUAAAAAAAUGUAAUAAAUUCUGCACUUAGUGUAAUAAUUUGCAAUUGACAAAAAAGGCUUUUCCUUUUUUUGUAUGUGAACCCUUCUCACGCUACACUAAAUACAUGAAGAGAGGCAUGUUUACUUUGCUCCAUUGUAAAACCAGAAACACGACGCAAACAACCUGAAUGCAAGAACAUUCAUAACAACUCUUAAACUCGAGCUUAGCGACUAUUGUACAACUGAAGGGACAUUUAUUUGGGACUAUUCAAAGGAUAUUUGUCGAAUCACAACACGUGCCUUCAUUCUUUGGGUUUUCUGCACCAGGCAGCUUAUUGGCCAAUAAGCCGAUGAAUGGUCCCUUCAGUUGUACAAUAUUCACCAAGUUGUUGUGUUUCUGUGUGUUCUUGCAUUCAGGUUGUUGUGUUGCGUCUCUGGUUGUAAAAUAUUACAGAAUAAACAUCGGUUAAUAGUAAAUCUACCUCUUGCAGAAAAAUGCUACUUUUUUUUGCAAAUUAUGACACUUUGUGCUGAAUUUCUUACAUUAUUCAAACAUUUUAGUUAAGUUUAUAAUAUUAUAAUUUCCUCAUAGUGUAAUAACUAAAUUAUGCAGAAAACUGUUAAUAUAUUAUGAGCUUUUCUUAAGUUUAAAUACAUACACAACUAUUACAUUAUGAGUUACAAGCCUUACAAUUAAAUCAAAUUCCUUUUCAAGUUAUGUCUCAAGCACAAACUCUCCAUCUUUACUUUCUGUUGAUUGAUCUCUUGAGUUUUUCUGAUGUCGUCUGAAAACAAUGAGCUUUAUUGAUAAGCAGCCACAUUUGCAUAUUACUUCCACUGUUUAUGGGAUAUAAAUGUGUUCUUUUUUUUGUGAAAUAAAAGUAGAUGAGAAAAGUUUAAA